AUGUCAAAAUCACCAGCAAUUUAAUUUCAAGAGAACAUGUAAACGCAAUAUUCGAAUAAAGCAAAAUGGGGAGUCCUCUUUGCAUUUUGUUAUCUAGCAUUUUCAAAUGUUCUUGGUUUUGUGAGCUAUUCUCCUAUUUCUAGUAAUGCCGCCCUCUAUUAUUAAAUAUCACUUAAUGAUCUAUUCUGGAUUGGCAAUAUGUAUUACAUUACAUUCUUUGUUUUUGGUCCACUUUUUAUUCCAUUAUUAGAAAAAAGAUUAGACCUGUGUUUGAAAUUAGCCUCAAUUCUAACAACACUAGGAACUUGGAUUGUUUGGGUAGCCUAAUCCAAUUAUGUUGUCUGUUUAAUUGGCUACUUCUUUGUUGGAAUCAGCGAAGCAUUCUAUUUAGGUGUGCCAGUUUAUUUAUCAGAAGUCUGGUUUACUGCUUAUGAUAGAACAUUGGCAACAUGUUUCGGUAGUUAUGCUACUUUAGCAGGUAUCAUGAUUUCUUAUACUUAUUCAUCCUUUUAAUUCUUUGGAAUUGAAGAGGAACAAGUGGUACAUAAUAAAAUUAAUAAUUUGAAUCUAAUUAUAGCCAUUCUUAAUUCACUCUCCAUUCCAAUUUGUUUCAUUUUUAUCAAAUUUAAGAAUUAGUUAGGAAAAACAACAGAAGAUAAUAUCAACUUCCUGACAUAAUUUUUCAACAUAUUUAAGAAAGAGGAAUUUUUUCUAGAUCUCUUGGCAUUUUCUAUUUUUAUUGGAAUUUCAUGGGUUUAUAUAUCUGUAAUUUCAUUAUAAUUGUACAUUUUUGGAUUUACACAAUUGGAGGUUGGAAUAACUGGAAUCUUUUUUACUGGAUCAGGAAUUUUGGCAGGCAUUUGGUGUUCUUUUAAAUUAGAUUAAGAAGCGAAACAAGGUAAACAACCCAACUAUGAUAUUUUCAUAAAAAUAACUACCUUGAUUGGAUUCUUUGCUCUUCUUUUUUAGGCUUUUACUAUACAAUACUUAUCUCUUUGGGCAUUGAUUCUAUUAAAUAUUUUCAACGGUAUUGGGUUGAAUGUGAUUUACCCAGUAGCUAUUGAAGCUUUUGUAGAAAAGUUAUAUCCAAUAAAGUCUCUGAUUGUGGCAACAUGGGUAUUUGGAUUUGCAAAUUUACUUGGAUUUGCUCUUAAUUAUCUUUUAAUCUUACCAGUAAUUAUGAAAUAUGGUUUAUGGCUCACUUUAGCAAUUCUAACUCCAUUUGAAUUAUAUUUUAUUCUUUUUUAUAAAUCAAGAUAUCGUAGAUUCGAGUUAUCUAAUUGA